AGAGUCGUUGCAACAUUCUAAAGUUAGUUGGGUUUUCAUCUGCAUUGAGUUAGCUUUCAAAAAUAUUUCAAUUUUGUAUAAGUUUGAAGAAAUAAAAAUGUUGAAGUUGAUAAUUUUUUUUACCCUAAUUAUUGAAGCCUUUUGUGUUACAUCUCAAGAAAAUUUAAUUUCACAAUUGCAUGGAAAAUUCCCUGAAGAAUUUUUGGAACUAAUAGGUGAUCUGUGGAGAACUUUUAACGAAAUUUCAAAGCAGCAAACAUUAAGCGGAAAAAAUUCCAUUCUUGAAAAUAGAGUAAAACGAUUAAUUGAAUCUUCGAAACCAUUUUCCUUAACUUCAUGAAUUUCUUAUUCUUCUGAAAAUUUGCAUAACAGGGAUUCUAAAUAUAUGUGGCAUGAAGUCAUUGACCUGACAUACCAACCGAUUAGUAGUUUUAAAAACAUAAAUCAUACUUGAGUAAAGUAAUGGAACUGAAUAAAACUUGCAAAACUA